AAAUUUAAAGAAAUUUAAUAUUUUUAUAAUAAAGAGUCGUGAUACGUGGUGAUGCGAGUAACAAUUCUAAAUUUUUUCAAAUUUUGUGUAAUUAUCGUGACUUUAUGUAGUUAUGUGCAAGGCCAACAAAACAAGGUAUCACCGAAACUAGAUUUCGAAGAGGAAGAUGACGAAACAAGUAACUCCACUGUACUGGUCAUACCAGGAGAUGGAACGAAGGCUAAAGGUGAUGGAAAAUACAACGUGAAAGUGGAAGCUGAUGAGAAAGAAACAACAACAAAUAAAGAUGGCGAUAAAUCGGGUCCGAAAAUUCAUGGCGUAAGAGUCACAGUUGACACAGGAGAUCGAACUAAAGAAUCUAAAGAAAGCGUUGAAAUAACCGAUUUAAGUAAACACAAAAAACGUGUCGGCAUACAUACAGAUAUAACCUUUGAGAUUACUGCAGGCGAUGAUGAUAACGAUAACAAGACCAGUCUAGAACAGGAUAUCGAUAAAGAAGACGCCAACGUGCCAAUUUUUAAGGGACGUGAUGGAUCUAGACACAAAUCCAGAAAACCCUACGACCCAAAAUCUCAAUGGAAUCCAAAUUUUUCCACAGAACACCGUGUUUAUGACGUACCUGAUCAGGGCAGAGAUGGUUAUUCUGGUUAUUUUCCAGAAUACUACCCACACAACGUACCGGUUUAUGUGGGAACAAGCGAUGAACGAAGCGGAGCUGACUCUAUCUAUCGACAAAAUGACGGCUGGAACAGUUACAUACCACGCUAUUGGACCACAGAACGUACUUACGCCUACAGAUCGAAUGAUGUCUCUAAUUACCACGAUUGGAAACCGUGUUACUGUGCGACAUCUAGCAAUGAAUAUAGGCGCCGUCGUCAUAGUCAUCGUCAUGGUACUCACAAUCGACCUGAUUUCGUAGUAAAUCCUACGAGUUCUAUAAUUAAAAUUCUUGAUGGAAAACUGGAAAGGCCUUUCUCUAAAGAAUAAAACGAAUGCCGUAGCUAUGUUAAUGACGUUUGAGAAAAUUUUGCUUUCGAAUAAUUUAAAAAUUGCUUGCAAUUGAACGUGCUUUAUAUGUAUUAAAUAUGUUCCGACUUUACCAUUUAAUUAAUCAGUUC